CGCACUUUUCCAUUACCUUAUGAUGCCGUAACUUGCAUCAUCGUCGCUCCAACCUGCUCUCUCUCUCUCUCUCUCGACUUGUAAAUUUUCCCAUCUCGCUGUCGACUUGUUCUGAUUUCGCUUGAUCGUGACAUCGUCGUCGCCUUCAUCAUCACCUUCUCCCUUCAUUCUCCCACCCUCGUGACCUCCCCGCGGUACUCGAUACCCCGCGCUGUGCUGUCUCUGACAGAAGCCGGCCUUGCCUGCCCCUCCAUCCACUCAGCCGAGCUGCCGACGACGACGGGCUUCAUCGGCUCGCUCUCUCGCCUCUUCCACUCCCCUCCACGACACACAUAAACGAACCCUGCGAAUCCCUGCCCCAUCGUCACCAUGGCGGACAACAGCAACGGCGAAAAGGUCAACACCAACAUUGUCACCCUCACCCGCUUCCUCAAUGAGGAGCAGGUCAAGCACAAGGAGGCCAGCGGUGACUUUACCCUACUGUGCCAUGCCCUCCAGUUCUCCUUCAAGUCCAUCGCCUACUACAUCCGGCGCGCGACGCUCGUCAACCUGACGGGCCUGGCCGGCUCCUCCAACAGCACGGGCGACGACCAGAAGAAGCUCGACGUCAUCUCCAACGACCUCUUCAUCGAGGCCAUGCGCUCGUCGGGCAAGUGCGCGCUGCUCGUCUCCGAGGAGGAGGACGACAUCAUCUACUUCCGCAACGCGGCCGGCGCGCGCUACGCCGUCGCCUGCGACCCCAUCGACGGCUCCUCCAACCUCGACGCCGGCGUCUCCGUCGGCACCAUCUUCGCCGUCCACAAGCUGCCCGAGGGCUCCGCCGGCGUCAAAGAGGACAUCCUCAAGCCGGGGACCGAGCUCGUCGCCGCCGGCUUCACCAUGUACGGCGCCUCGUCCCAGCUCGUCCUCACCAUGAAGGACAGCUCCGUCAACGGCUUCACCCUCGACAACGGCAUCGGCGAGUUCAUCCUCACCCACCCCAACAUGCGCAUCCCCCGCGCCCGCGCCAUCUACUCGGUCAACGAGGGCAACUCGCUCUACUGGCAGAAGCCCACCGUCGACUACUUCAACUCCCUCAAGACGGCCCAGCCCGACGGCAAGCCCUACAGCUCCCGCUACAUCGGCAGCAUGGUCGCCGACGCCUACCGCACCCUGCUCUACGGCGGCAUCUUUGCCUACCCGGCCGACAAGAAGAGCCCCAAGGGCAAGCUGCGCAUCCUGUACGAGUGCGCGCCCAUGGCCCUGGUCUUUGAGAAUGCCGGCGGCCAGGCCCUCGACAGCAACAUGAAGCGCAUGCUCGAGGUCGCCCCCGAGCACAUCCACGACCGCUCCGGCAUCUACAUGGGCAGCUGGGACGAGGUGGAAAAAGUCAAGCAGUUCCACCAGUAGGUUAGGUUAGGGCUCUCAAGGACAGUUAGUGGUGGCCAAUGCGGACAAGGCCAGCAGCAUGUGAUUGCAUGGGAUGGAAUGGGGCGGUGGGCGCGCGUCACGGGUCACGGCGUAUUCGAGUUGUCAAGUGAGUGCCAUUGCAUAUAGUCUGGAAGCGGCGUGUAAUCAGUUCAGUCACCAUGUUCCCCCAAGGAAGACAAAAAAAUCACCCAACGACGAUGACGACGGGGCUACUGUAAUUCGUUGGACAAGGCAGAAUAUAUCAACC